CGCCUCAUCAGACACCUUUCAGACGAGAAGGCAGCGCGCGCACGGCUCACGUGCGGAGGUAAAAUGCAGCUGACUAACGGGACGAGGCUCACGAGUCUGCCGCUGGCUGUCACCGAACAUUAGUUUUUUUUUUUUUUUUUGUUAGAAGAGGAGCCAUGAAGAAACACCUGAGUCCUGCUAAACAACAACAGCAGCACCAGCAGCAACCACCGGCUGAUGUCCCGGCUCCAGGCGGCGAGGUUACUGUCCAACAACUCAACGAGCUCCUGUCCAACGGCAGCGGCUUCUACAGCCUCCCCACACAACAUUUCAACGAGGUCUUCCCCAGAAUAUACAUCGGUAACGCGUUUGUGGCGCAGAAUGCGAUGCGUCUGCAGAAACUCGGGGUGACGCACGUCCUCAACGUGGCCGAGGGCACCUCCUUCAUGCACGUCAACACCAGUGUGGAGUUCUACACCGGCACGGGCAUCACGUACCACGGCAUCCAGGCCAAUGACACCGAGCAGUUCGACCUCAGUGCCUUCUUUGAGGAGGGGGCUGAUUUUAUCGACAAGGCCCUAGCACACAAUAACGGAAAAGGGAAGGUGUACGUACACUGCAGAGAAGGCUACAGCCGCUCCCCCACCAUGGUCGUUGCUUACCUCAUGCUGCGCCACAAAAUGGAUGCCAGGCUGGCGGUGGCCACCGUGAGGCAUAAGAGAGAGAUCGGCCCUAACGACGGCUUCCUUCGCCAACUGUGCCAACUAAACGAGAAGCUGGCAAAGGAGGGCAAGCUGAACGGCGAGGUGGGAAAACUAAAGACCAAAUGACAUUAAGAGACCCUCUGCCCUCUGUCUCCUCCCAUCAUGCCUUUCACAGGCUUCAGCUGCUCUUGGGAGACUGACCCCGCCCAGACUAAACCAGCACCCAUCUGACACACCAGGGGUAUUCUGAAACACAAACAUACAUGCAUUUAUCUGUGUAGAAAAUUUUUCCUCAUGCACACACACACACACACACACACACACACACACACACACACACACACACACACACACACACACACACACCAACACACACACACACACACACACACACACACACACACAAUAUCUCACACACACAAUAUCUCACAUACACACACACAUACAAUCUCACACACAUGUACAUGCUGUUUUCUUUUAAAAUCUCUAGUCCACGUCUCUCUCUGCUGCUGUGGGAGGGGACAUCUGUCAGUCCUCUCCCUGCUCCUUCAAAGAGUGUGAUCUCAAAUACUUAAUACAAACAAAUCCCUCAUCCCCCUUUUUUUUACCUCUACACCACACAGAUCUGCAGACGUCUCACUGCGAGUACCUGAAAGCUCUAAAUUCAGAAGCCAGUUUUGAGCUGAGCUACUUAAAGCAUUCCUUCAGUUCCCACAAGUUAAGAUGGUGAAAACUUUUUCACCUUGAUUUUUAAAAUGUCCUUAAAUAGUUCUAUAUAUAUAUCUAUCUAUAUAUAUAGAUAUAUAGAUAUAUAUAUCUAUAUAUAUAUGUGUAUACAUACAAGAUUAUAGCACAAUCAUUCCAUAGUUUUCCACUGCCGGGAAUGUCAGCGAUGUCUCCGCAAGCAGGAGUUCCAAAUAGACUCCUGAAAUUGAAAUUCAGUGGCCUCACACGAUGCGACCUGUCGACAAUGGAUGGAGGGAAAUCCCAAACAUUCCAGGAAAACUGCAAAAAUGCCCCUCAGACUUUUAUUUGCCCACCCAACCCUUACAAUCUUCUUCCCGUAGGGGCAGAUAUCUAAUGCACAAACACAAAAAUUCACACUCUACUGCAUCAAAAAAUGCAAGCUGUAGCUCUAUGUAGCAUUUCAGUUUCCUUCAACCUAUGGCCUCUAGUUUGACAGCGGUAGAUGACACAGAGCAGCGGAGUCAGUGAAGCCGGCGCCGACAACAGCAAAGGUCGAGCUAAUUAAAAAUAAUGAGCUGCGUGGGUGUUUCAUGUAGCCGCCAUGUUGUUCAGAAGAUCUACAUAUGGUGUAUUUUAGUUUGUCAUUGAGCUCCAUCAACCUCCACACAAGAUAAAGUACAUUUAGUUAACUGUUGCUUUAAUCUGAGGAUUGAAAACCAUGUUAAAAAUAAGAAGACUUCAAAUUAGCUUAGUUACAGAGAUUCUAAUCUAAUUUUCCUGAAUAAUUCUACAUUAGAAAUAAUAAGAAAAACAUGUAUUUGAAGUUAUGUAUGUCUUUACGCAGUAACCUGUUCAUUCAUCCAGUACACAAAACAGAUGUUUACACUUGUCUGAACAUAGUCUUUGUUUUUUAACACAACCUGCAGGUUCAGUUUGUGUUUAGAGGCUACUUUAUAUAAGUUUCAGUCAUUUUGAGCCCAGAAUAUUUCCUAUAGGCAUUUAGAAAGUACCUGGUCGGGCGAACAGACUCAGAGUGUCUACACAGGAGGCGUCCGACAGGACAUUAUAAUAAUCAGUCCAGCUGUCCACACAGGCCACGUAAUCACUGCAGUUUCACUCGCGUUAUACACACAUAAACCACUUCAAGUAGUUUCUUCUGUUUAAUGCACAUUUCUACAGUGAUUAUGUAUUAGACUAUGGUCGCUGCCAAAACCAACACUCUGACCUACAGUCAGUACUGUGCCUGAACGCAUCCUGCACAAACACAGAGGGAGCACUGAAGCUGCUGCUCUGCUUACAUGCUGCUUUCACUGUGUGCGCUGCGUAUACACGGUGUUAAAAUCUUCUUCUUUUAUCUUUGUGUAUUUAAAAUAUAUAUCUAUAGUAACUCAUAUUUCCUGAGCAGAACACUGCUAAAUCUCUUUUUCCUCCUGUUUGGAUGUACAACACAUUCAGACCAACUUUGGUCCUGCAUGACAUGAAGAAACACAGCCCCCUCAUUGAUUUGAAUGAAGGCAGUUCGGCAAAGCAGCUACGACGCCGAAGGUGACAGCAUCGCACAAAAUAUGCUUAAGCAGCGCUGAACAAUUAACUGAAACCAAAUCGCAGGAGCUGCAGUUUUUUAACAAAGGUAAAAUGUGUCACAACAGACCAUGAAUGAAGCAUUGUGGUGCUAGAGAGACGCCCCCAGCCUACAAAUCAUAUUCUCCAGACGUAAAGGAACAUGCUUGUUUGGUACAAGACCCAACAAAAAUCACAUCAUUUUUAUAUAUUUUUCAGUGAAAAUGAAAAUGAUAACGUGUCACUUUCCAAACUAAAUCGUGACUCAUAUCGCAAUAUGAUUUCACCCCUAUGUGUAAAUUUUGAAUUUCUACUAUUAACUCGCGAUCGUCGUGAUAUAAGAGGAAGCGAUAACUUUCAUUUUCAUGACUUGCUGUUUUUGGUCUGAAUGUUUGCUAACUGCGAACGUACUCUCAGUCUGUGCACCCCACCACAAGGCUCUCCAAUUAAAUAGCACAGAGUCGUUGCUCUAAUAUACUAGUUAACUCUUUCCACUGAAUAUCCCUAGCACAUCCACACAACCACACACAACAUGGCAGCAGCAUUAGGGGUGUUAAAAGCUGUCUGUGCCAGUUUACCACCUUCAAACCAGAGGCCUUCAGUUUUUAAACUGUCAAAUGCAGAAGGAUACCACCCACUUCCACCAGAACGUUCCAGUCAUCACGCCAGAGAGUUGUCCACUGCCAAUUCCCUGACACAGCCAUUCGGCCAGUCUCCAAUACCACUGUUUCAUCAACACAGUUUGUCAGAGGUCCAUACACAACGUGUCACGUGUCUCACCCCUAAAGUGUGUGUGUGUGUCAUACAGUAACUUAAUAUGCCUGACUUUAUGCACACACAGGGUAAAAGCCUUUUUUUUUUUUUUUUUUGUAUGUACUAAAGCAUUGCAAUAUAUGUCAAUACCCGAUCAGAUAUAUAGAAUGUAAUCACAUCUAACUAUGAGUAUUCAGGCUGUAGUUGUCACAUAUAGGCAACGGUAGUUCAACAGUACUUUUUGAGAGACACUGUAUUUAACACUGGGCGUAUUACUGUAAACUAGACCUAGUGCCAGGAAGGACAGUGAUGGAGUGUUUUUAAAUCCUGCACCAGGAUUUGCUCUUGGGAGAGAGACGUAUUGUGAGAACGAGAAAGUGUGAGGUGGAAAGUCAGAGCUCUGCUCAGUUUGCACGCUGCAGGUAGUCCAGCCACUAUGUCCCACACAUUAGAUUGCAUAUUUCUCCAGAACAAACAGCCUGGGGCAUGUUAGCAUGAAUCCAGGGGGAUAGUUAUCUCACUAGAGGGGAAAACGGAAACUAGGUUUGUCUCACCUCAUUAAUGGCACUAUUUAUUCCUCCUUUGAUAUAUCUGUAUACAUAUGAAUAUAUACAUGUAUACUGUAUAUACAUAUUUAAGUGUUGACAUAUAUGAAUGUAUAAGCAAUGUGUCUAUAACGUGUAGGUAUCGUCGGUAUGUCUUAAGUCCUAAUAUAUCAUGUUAUAUUUGUAUAUGACAUCACAAAGUAGCUACUCCAUUUUUUCUGUUUCACAGUUAAUUACAUGUGCAUUAAUAUUCCAAUAUGAUGUGCAUGUAAAAUGUUCUGUGUAAUUGUGAUAUGUCAUAUCACAAUUGUGCAAAACUUGCAGGGUUUUUUUUUUUUUUGCAAGCUUAGCUGGGAUACCGAGGCAUGAAAUCAUCGUGUUUACUAGUGUUUUGUGCAGUUUUAAGUUGCCAUGGUGACGCUGAUUUAUUCAUGAUAUACUAGCAAGAUGCAGGUGGCAGCAUAAGAUGCAUAUGGAUUGUCCUGCAUAUGACCUUACUGCGUACAUGUCAUCACGUCCAGGGAUACACUCAUGCUUUCAUCUCCUCAUAUGGUGCUUCGGAACAUUUAUAGCCCUUCCUUUCUUUCUUGACAGGAGUUGGAAAUUUUCUGGCUUUUUCUCUGGAUGAGAAUGAAGUGAUUCUCCAGCUGCACUUUUCCAUUUCAAUGCAGUGUUCUUAGCUGGAGAACACUCGACUGGCUUUUAACUGACUCGUGAUGUAGCGGGCUGCAGACGCUCCAGCAGGGGGAGCUGUUCAGUCAGUGUUGACCUGUUAACACCUGUCGACCUCCGCCACAUACGGGCAAAAAAGUGUUUCUCUUCUUUUAUGAUUUUAUGAUUUUUUUUCAUUUAAUCAUUUCUUUUCUUAUCUGUCUAUGAACAGGGCAUGACACAAAAUUUUAGCCACUAUUUGUCCUUUCUAUUUUCAAUUAUUAUUUUCCAUAUUUUAAACUUUUCCUGUGUUUUAUUUGAAGUGUUGAUCCAUAAGAAGAUAUAUUUGUGGUUUUAAGAACUAAAAACCAUCUUAAAUGUAGUUUUACAUCUCCUCUCUCAGGCUUCUCUCUGGAGCUCUAGUAACAACAGGUCGGUGACACUUUAUACAAUAUGGGACCUUUAAGUCCCAUAUUUUGUAGGAAUUUAUGAUGCUCGUUUUCACUAUUUUCUGAUGUUUAUAGACCAAACUAAUCGAGGACACAGUUGUCAGAUUAACUGAUAAUGAAUUGUAUUCCUAGUCCAAAGUUGUACUACAAUUGCAUUGCUACAUAAUUUAAAAAAAACAAAAACGUAAAAUGUGUGUAUAAUCAAUGUGAAUGGUCUUUAGGGAAAAGUAACACAGACUUAAAUUAACAUAAAUAGAGCCAGAGGAGCCAUUUUUAUAGUGCGUUUAUACAGCGAUCACAUCAUAUAAAAUCCAACUUUAGAUUAAAAUCUCAAGACGUGCAUUGAAAUGUCCAGUGUUGCUGUAAUAUCUGACUCACUGUUGGCCGAGAGGAAAAGUCAGAGACGGGGAUACUAUCACAGGGAGUUGGAGUUGAGGUUACAACUUUCCUGAGUGAGAACAUGAGAGCAGUUGUGAUGUUUCUCGAGGGGGACGUCACAACAAGGUUCCUGUGUUUCUGGCUCCCAGUGAUCGUCUCGGUGCUGGUUGUUCCUGUCCACUCUCACCCACCCCCACCCCCCCACCUCUCCGUCAUUUUGUCAUCUCAUACACUUGAAAAUGUUUCAGAUCUGCGAAGUUACAAACUUGAUUUCGCACAUCUUGCCACACACUGAUUCCUCACGUGGGAAAUGUCUGGCAAGAUGAAUCGGGUGCAGUAGUUCAAAUUUGAGACCAUUUUCAAGUACAACUUAGCGCAUGUAUUUUCCCAUCACCUCAUCAUGAACCCCAAACCACACAACAAUGAAGUUGGCCCUAUUAAACAAAGAAUCUACUGUACACUACAGACAGAGAGAACCACUUACCUCUGUGCCCUCACACUGACAACUACAUUAUACACCAAUAUUGUGCCAAGUGACCUAAAAGCCACGUUUAUGAUUGGCUUUGUCGUCAUAUAAAUGGACUGGGGUUUCACUCAUUUGAAUAUUUGCAUCUGCUCUACAAUACUGCCCUCCUUCUGACACAGUUUGGUACUUCUUGUUUUAGUUUUUACGUGUCUUUGAAUUUGGGAAUUACUGGGGUGAAACUCUUUGAAAUCGGUCCAGGAUGAGGGUAUGUACUUUAUAGCAUCAACUGCCUGCACCAACCUGCUUAUUGAUUAAGUCAUCGACAGUUCUGGCUCCUGAGAUAGGGUCUGAUGAACACUCUGUGGAAGCCCAAUUAGCCAUGGUGGAAGUUUUCUGUCAGAUGACAAAAUUAUAAAACUUUUGGAGAAAGAGAUGCCGCAAAGAGAAAAGCUUCCAUCAUGGCUGAACUGCUGGCUUAACACUCUUUUAUGCAUUGAGUAACAGAUAAACACUGCCACCUGCUGUUCAACGAUAUAUAGUGGUUUGCACAAGUUUCUUUUUUAAUUGCUAAUUAAUUCCAACUCAUGACAUUACUAGUAGUUACAAUCCAACCCCAUGUUUUCUGCCACUGAACUUUUCUUCUGUAAUGUGAAAUGUAAUGUCAAUAUAAGGCAAUUUUGCUUAGUUUUGUUUUACAAGGUACCAGCAUCAAUUUGUGGGUUAUACUCCAGGUACAGUACCUUUAUGUAUUAUCGAGAAUGUCAAAUGUGAAAUGCCAUUGAUGUAUAUUGUUAUAUAUACUGAGUAUGUAACACGCACUAAGGCAAUUGUGGAUUGCUGCAUUUUCAUUUAACUGGCCUAUAUUACACUGUACAGAUAGGACAUUGUUUGAUAUUGGAUUAAGAGAGUUGAAAUUGCAGAUGAAACUUUUUUUUUCCUAAUUAAUUUUCCCCUCAAAGUAAUGUUUGGUUAAAUUUUAUUUAGAUUUGUCCUAUUACAAGGACAUACGAGGAUUUUAGGUUUACUUAUUUUUGCUCUGCUAAUAAAGAAGGAUAUUUUUUGUACAGUUGGAAACUCUGAAAUGUCCACGAAAAGUGUGAUUGUGACCUACUUCUCCAGCUAACUAUGUCAUCAUCCAUGUUGUUUUAGGACGAGCCACCUAUAAUGGUAGUCAGACCUUGGCCAGACUAUAAUUGUAACUCAUUCACAGGCUUGUUUGAAACGGUACGAGUGAUCAGACUGGAGAGGAGGGUUGUUAAAUCACUCAGAUAGAGCCAGGUAGUUGUGUUUUUUUAUCACAGAAAAGUACAUUAAAUUGACUUACAAAUAACUUCCUGUGAUUUUCGCUCAAAUUUGCAGUCCCGCGCGGCGAAACGUGGCCAUCUGCGCUGAAGUAGGCAAAAAAAAAACCUGAGACGUUUAAACUCUCGGUAACUGACAGUUGAUAUCUUACAUCAUGGAAACCCAUCUGGCUGAGCUUAUCUGAAUUGUCUAUGAUGUAAUAAACUCUGUCCGUCUGGUACUCCUGAGAGCAUUCAAACAAACACUGCAAAUUACUUACAAAUACUGUUUGGCCCAGGUAAGGUGCUGACUGCAGAGCUGUCAUCAUCCUCUCGCUCCCAUUCUGAUCAACAGCUUAAAACAGGAGUUUUUUAGCACAAAUGAGCCCACUGCCCGACUCCUCCCGGAGUCCAUUACCAAGUCGACGUCUUAUCUCGUCACAUAAUUGCAUUUCUGUUCAUGUGCAGAUGUCGCGGAGGACAUUGUUUGUGAUGUAGGAUUGGCUGUUCGUGGGUAUAUCCGUUAUAUAUUUCUAUAUUUGCCACCGCCACCGACAUCUCAGUGAACACAUCACGACAGUAAAGACACAGCACCCCACCCAAAGCCUUACAGUAAAGAUCGAUUCUUUAGAUAUGUUUUUGAGUUAGUGUAUCUCACUUCACACGGCAGGAAGGGACGGCUCCCUUACAGGAUGAGACAUUGUUGAAGUGCACUUGAUUUUAAAUUGCAAUGUUAUUUUUCUUACCUUGGAGAAGUCCCUUCUUUCUUAUGUUUAAGAAAUAAAUGGCUGAGGUAUUAACAUCUUA